CGCAAAGCAAGCAAGGAGGGGAUAACACUACGACCCUCUACAAUGCCUCUUGCCGACAUCAUCCGGCAGCGGGUUCAUCCUCUCGUCACUUCCAACAGGACGCUGGUGUACAGCUUCCUCUCUACUCUCGCUGUCUCAAUCGCCAUUGGCAAUGCACUGAGGAAUCACAGCAACUUCUACUCUGUUGCUGUGUAUUUAUCCAAGAGCAGCCGGAGUCUUCUGAUCCUGGCCAACUUCGGCUUCCUUCUCGCGCUGUUGAGCGGGCGUAUCUUGCAGCAGAUAUUCUUUGGCCCUUUGUCACCCGCGGAAGUUGAGCGUUUGUAUGACCGGAUUUGGUAUUUCGUCACGGAGUCCUUACUUGCGUUCACGAUAUUCCGAGAUGAAUUCGACGUGCCGUUCGCCAUAAUGUUCGGGUUCCUGCUCUUUGUCAAAUGUUUUCACUGGCUGUUGAGCGACCGCAUAGAAUCGAUGGACCAAAGGCCGUAUCCUGGCCCUCCGAUGACGUUCCAUAUCAGAGUCAACUGCCUUUUUGUUCUUCUGUGGCUUACAGAUUUCGCCAUGUUCGCGUUCGCCGUCGAAAGCACUUUGACGCAAGGAGUGGGCGGCACUGUACUCUUCGCGAGCGAGUACGCCAUAUUGAUGGCUAGCGCACUCAACUCUGUCGCGAAGUAUGUGUUGUCAUGUGUUGAGCUACGGAGGGCGCGAACCAGGGGAGGCGAAACAGCGCUGCCGUGGGAGGAUAAGAGUGUUUACAACUUUUACAUUGAACUAACCACAGAUUUUCUGAAGCUUACGACAUACUUACUGUUCUUCGUGGUCGUGGUCGCGGCAUAUGGUAUACCGCUGAAUAUCGUCCGCGAUGUAUACAUGACGGCGCGGUCUUUCGUGAUGCGCUUACGUGCAUUCCAGCGUUACCGCUCGGCGACUCGUGACAUGGAUGCCCGCUACCCUAACGCUACGGAAGCGGAUCUGCCUGUGACCGGCGAUCGCACUUGCAUCAUCUGUCGCGAGGAAAUGGUCCCUGUUGCUACGCAAGAGGGCGGUGUAGUAAAUAACUUGCCCACUGCACAUGAUGGCCCCAACAUGACACCCAAGAAGCUCCCAUGCGGCCAUACAUUCCAUUUCCAGUGCUUGCGGUCGUGGUUGGAACGGCAGCAGAGCUGUCCUACAUGUCGCCGUAACGUGCUGGAAGAAGGGCAGCCCGGCCAAGGGCAAGGGCAACAACGGAAUGCAAUUCGCCGUCAAGCGCCGCCCCCCAAUAUGCCCCUGCAAUGGAACUUCGGCAGAAUGAAUCCCCAGGGUCAACAGCAAGUGAACAAUCAGCCGCCCGGUUUGCUCGCCCGGCUUAUCGGAGCGGCGGCUGGUCCUCCUCAGGUUCCGGGACAAUUUGCUCCCUUACCCGCUGGCGCCCACCCUAUUCCCAAUAAUGCAUUCCCUCCCAACAACGUGAAUGGCCUACCUCCUCGUAACAUUGGCACGCCGCCAUACCCCUAUCAGGCCCCUCCUGGUCCAGGACAAGUCCCACCCCCCGCAUUUGUCUUUGGGUAUCCUUGGGUUCUUGGUGGCGCAAACCCGGGUGGACUAGCCCAGGCACCGAUGCUGCAAGGCUUUUACCGUCCCGACGGGCUUUGGCAGCCAUGGCCCGCGCAACCGGCGCGCCGACCGCCACCAACACCUGCCACACGUACGGCAGAGUCGGCCACGCCAGCUUCGAUGCCUCAUCCAGCACCUCUAGCCACGCCGGCGCCUGCAUCCGGCGCUUCUGCCGAUGUAACACGCCCUGAGCAAGCGUCCACCGCUCCUUCGACUACCGCGCCCCUACCUCGCAACCUCGGCGCGACCACGCCGUCGGAGACCCGGUCGUUCACGCCUCGAGAUGCGGCGGUCCAGGCUGCGCUUCGCAGAUUGAAUCCAAGCAACGCCACUUCAACAGCCUCUCCAGCUCCUUCCUCUCAGGAUGCUGGCCCAACUGCAACCCCAACGCAAGAGCAACCGAUAAGCCCCACACCUACUACUCCCGCACCUCCUCCUGCAUCUGCGGCUCCGCCGACGAAUCUCCCUGCUUCCGUGCCCGUAGCAAUGCCGGUGACACAAUCCAAUCCGGGUGCCUCUACUUCAGCUCCAGCGGCUACGACUGCGCAACCCACGACAACCGUGCCCCCAGCAGUUUCUGCUGGGCGUGCCUCGACACCUCGCACAGACGUGCCGAACCUGAUACCGCUGUAUGACUUCGCGCAGCCGCCUGCGGAUUACCGCAGCGCCUAUUCUCCGUUUUCACAGCACAUUCCGCAGCCCACUGUGCCUCCGCGCAUGACUCCGCCUACACCUACCAACAUGCCCCGCGGGCCCUUUCCCCUUCGCCCGCGGUAUCCUUACGCUCAGCCGCUGUACAAUGCGGUGCCGUCUGCUCCGCUCGGUCAGCUGCCGGAAAGACUCACGGACGAGCAACUCGCGCAAUUGGACCGCCUCACUCGUGAGGCGAUCGACGAAAGGUUGCGCAUCUUGACGGAUGUCAGCGGGACCGUAUGGCGCUGUGUUGAGGAGCUGACGAGAAUGCGGAGUGUCUUGCCGGCGCCGAGUGCGCCGAGAGCGGUCCCCGGCGGGGCUGCAUCUGGGAAAACGAAUUCGGCGACCUCGUCAUCAGUGUCACCAAAUCCGCGGGCGCAGGGCACUUCGUCCAACCCUCCCGCCGCGGCAGCGGUGCCGACUGGUCCUUCCAGCCUGCCUGCGGAACAGCUUGCCCGUGGGGACGCCGAUGUUGCCGGAAGCACUGACGUGACUCCGGAGGUUAGUAUAGAGAAGGGCAAAUCCCGAGCCGAUCCCAGCACAAUAUCUCAAGAGGAUGCUGCUGCUGCGUCUAGCUCGGAGGGCGAGGGGUCAAUGGUGGACAGCUGGGAGACCGUCGCGCCAUCGACAGCUACUCCGGUAACUUCUCAGCCCGGCGGCAACCCAUCAUUGGAGGACGACAAUGACUCACCACCAGAAGACCCUGCCGAUGGGGCGAAACGUGAAACGGAAACGCAGGAGGAGUGAAUGUAAUGGGAACCUAGACAUGCUUCAUCAUGGGAUUGUAUGAUACAUCGCCUCAGGGGAUCUGUUCAGCCAUCCGUUGCAAGGUUCAGGGACGUUCGAUAAUGGUUCUGGCCCUGUCAUAUGAGUAUCUGACCAGAUUUAUC